AUGACCACCCCAGGACCAGGCCGACAGCACACUCCGCUAAAAGACAAGACAAACACGCUCCACACAGAGAAUGAAGCAAAACGAAUCAGAGAAAAAGAAGCAUUCCCACAACAAAUCACAAAUCCGAGUUUCAUACAGUCCAUAGAGGGCACUGAUAUACACAGCAGUCAUAGGAAUGAAAAUGAACUGCAGAAUAACAAAAUUAUCUCAUGUAAUACAGAAGAAAUUGAGUAUGCUUAUCCAUAUGAAGAGUAUUUAUUAGAGAAUAUUGAAGAUAUUCACAAAGAAUCUGAUCUGCUUCUUGAGGAUAUAAUAAAUCCUUAUUUUCGGAUAUAGCCAAAAGUCAGAAUAGGAUUUUAUUCAAAUAAAUGAACUGUA